GAGCCGGCGGCCCCACGCGGAAGCGGCGGCGCGGCGCGGCCGCCCCCGGCGUGUCAGCGGGCGGCGGGGGAGCGGCGCGGGCGGCGGCGGCGCGGGGCGGGGCGGCGCCGCCGCCAUGACGGUGCCCCGCUGCCCCGCCGGCCAUGGCGCUGCCGCGGCUCCUCGGGCGGCCGCGCUCCGCCGUCGUCGGCGUGGUUCACGCGGCCGCGCUGCCAGGGACACCAAGAAGUUCUCUCCCCCUGGCCCAGAUCGUUGAUCAAGCUUGUCAAGAAGCAGAAACUUACAGGGAUGCCGGAGUUGAUGGCUUGAUAAUAGAAAACAUGCAUGAUCUGCCUUACACAGUUUGUCCUGGGCCUGAAAUAACGGCGGCAAUGACAGUCAUUAGUGCCGCAGUGAAACGAACCUGUCCCCGUCUCCCGCUGGGCGUCCAGAUUCUGUGCGCUGCAAAUCAACAGGCUAUAGCAGUCGCUCUUGCGACAGGUCUUGAUUUCAUCCGAGCUGAAGGGUUUGUGUUUUCUCAUGUUGCCGAUGAAGGGAUUAUAAACGCCUGUGCAGGCAAUCUGCUGCGAUACAGAAAACAAAUUGGAGCAGAGAACAUUCAGAUUUUUGCUGACAUUAAAAAGAAACAUAGUGCUCACGCUCUGACGGCAGACGUCAGCGUAGCCGAGACCGCGAGGGCGGCUGAGCUCUUCCUGGCCGAUGGGGUCGUGUUGACUGGAACAGCCACCGCACUGCCCGCCGACCCGCAGGAGCUGAAAGAGGUUAAACAUGCCGUGAAGAUUCCUGUGCUGAUUGGGUCUGGAGUGACUCUGGAGAAUGUGAGGAAUUACUUGGAGGCAAAUGCCCUAAUAAUUGGUUCGUAUUUCAAGAAAGAAGGUUACUGGGCAAACGGUGUUGAUCCUGACCGAGUAAAGAAAUUUAUGGAUCACAUAAGAAAACUGAGAAAAUGAAUUUGUUAGCAAACAGUGUUUUUGUUUGUAUGUGUAAAAAUGGAGUUUGGUACGUUGUGCAGAAUUAAAACACAAAUGUGUACUUGAAGGGCUAAUAACAUUAAGUGAAAACACACAUCAUCUCCAUAGCAAGUUGGGAAGCCAGAUGACACUUUAAAAUAAACUGAUGUUUGUUUCUAGGCAGCAUAUUUCUGAGGCGCUCAAAUCCACAAAACCAAGCUCUCCGACAGCUUGGGUAAUAUAUUCCCUACUAUAAGUAAAAUGCUUAUGGAGUUUAAGAAUUUGUAGUAAAUAUUCAUCACAGGAUGAGCUGAGUUUUCUUUCACAUAUGAAUAUGAUAGGACACCCUAAGUUUACAGCUAACAGUAUUGUAAAUUGGACAAGUUAAUUAGCCUUUCAGUUUCCCCAUCUGUAAAAUGAUGAUAAUAGUACCUACAUCACAGGGGGGUUUUAAGACAUAAUAAAUGAAUGAAUGUACAGCACUUUCAUCUCCUCAAAUGAAGGGCUCUAUUAAAGUUCAAGAUCAUUAUUUUUUCAUUAGAAUUGUGCAUUUAUUAGAAAAAUGUAGUAAUUGUAUACCAUACAAAAAUUUAAGAUAAUUGGGAAAUUGAUUUACAUAUAAUACUUAUUAGAGAAUAAAUGUAAAUAUUUAAUUACAUUUUAAGUACAGUUGGAAUUUAGUCAAAAUGUUUUCACAAAUUUUUUUUUAAUAAAGGUUUAUUGCUGUUUUUUCAGCAAGCUCCUACAGCUUUGUACCUCUCCAGACUAGUAUUAGGGAUGUUAAAAACUGCCAGGUUCUUUCCUAUACACACAGGUGUAGUUACGAUGGAAGCUUUUCUACCAAAACUGGAAGGUAAAUACAGAUUUUCAUUUUUCCUGCAAAAUGUGGAUAAAAAAACAUGACAGUCUGACUGUGUAUAUUAUAAGCGAUUGUACUUCAAUUUGAUCUUUAAGCUCUGAGGAAGUUUAAAAAAAAAAAAACAAAGAAUAUCUGCUGUGUCGUGGAUGUAUAAAGUGUGGGCGUUCCUUGGGACUGUGAGCUAAGUUUGUCCUCUGGGAUCUCUUUCUCUUUCCUUGACAGCUGUGCAUCAGGUUUCUGCUGAUACUGAUGAAAGCUAUAUUGUAUAUGUCUAAGCAAGUACACAAACACGUUUUUUGUGUCAGCUAGCAGUGUGCCCAUCUUUCCCUGAACAAAAGUGCAUCCUCCUUCCAAAGGCAGAAAUAGCUACUUCAGGAAAUUUAGUUUUGUUAACAAAACUAGUGAUUCCAAAGCAUCGCAGUCUGAGAUUAAGUCUUCUGCUCAGGUGCUGUUUCUCUGGACUAGUCUGUCUCCCACCUGGCUGCAUCAGAAGUAGACAGGUACCGCUGGUGUGCUGGCCUCCUAGAAGACAGAUUCUUUAGAGUCUAUGACAGCCUUGGUGUUCUUCUACUUACCUCCUUUUUCCUCCCAAGGAGGCUGACAAAGUUUCAGCGCAUAGAAAUUCUUUCAGGUGCCUGUUUGUUGUGGCUGGCACUACUUUCUAAGUCCGUAUUUACACAAGCAUUUUAAUCUGCUGUGUGUUUGCACUUCCAUCAAAAACUGUGGUUCCAUCGCAGCCACUUGUCCCCACCAUUUCUCUUCUGGCAGCACUAGCAUUUGUGUUUCCUCAUAGAGAUCAGGAAACAGAUUGUAGCUGAAAGCUAACCUAGCCUUGUACCAGCCACAUGCAUGAAGUUAGUUAGAUUUUUUUUCUUUUUCAUUCCAUUUCCAGCUCUAACUCAAAGCUGCAGGUACAGGCAGUACAGAAAUAUUUGAGGAUCCUGAAGACACUUGCUCGAUCAUUUUUCCUUGCAUCCAUUCACCCUCUGCAUAUUUUGAUAUAAAUAUAUUUACCAGGUAAAGCAUUGAUCUGAUUUAUUCUCUAGGUUCUUAGCUUAAACAAUGAGUUCCCUGUUAUGUCCUCUUUAUUGUGGGAAAAAAAAUACAAUGAAAUAAAAAAGAAUGAAUUUAGAUAUUAGUAAUAUCAGUGUGUUUAAAUCAGUACAUAUUUUUCACCUUUGUGUAUUCAGGGCUCUUUUCAGGCCUUUCACAAGUUGUAUAUAUUUCCAUAGCUGAUUGCACAGAAGAUAUAAUGAUGAUUGUAUCAGCACAUAUUAUCUAAGAGAAUUGUCAAUAUUAUCUAAGAGAACUGUCACCAAGUUUGGAAGUUAUUUUCGGUAAACCUAUAAGCUAGAAAGGCUGCCAUGUAAGCAAUGAGCACUAGUCAACACUAACGCCGUAAGCAGAGUAAAGAUUUUAAAGUAGACAGUUGAAAACUAUAACCAAUACACUGAUAAGGAUUGUUCAACAACGAUAAUUAUUUUUAAAGAAACUGGUUACAGUUGCCAGAAGUCAUGUUGAAUAGUACAAAUGUGCAAAUGUAAAGUGUUAUCAGCAUGUUUCUUGUGUUGGUUUAUACUCGCACACAUCCUAAAAUCUCAGAAGUGACUAGGACUCCAGUGGAUUUACAUUGAAUAAAAGUGUUGGUAAGUGAAAACUACUUCAAUGCUAUAUAUAAGGCGUAACUGAAAUAAUGUCAUACACAGUAAUCUUUGUAAGACAAAACCUUAGUGAGUUGGUGUCGUGCUCAGAACAUGCAGCGAAUAACGUAGACAGCACUUUCACUCUGCCAGUACUUCAUUUUAGCACACCAUCGUGUAACGCUUCCAGGAGGAACAGGCCAUAAUUUAGAUCUAUAUUAUUACAUAUAAACUGUAACUGCAGAAUUUAGGGACCAGAAGUAAAGGAAAGCUGUUUUUAAAGCCUGGGAAGGUGAUUGAUCGCCAAAUCUUUAUCAUUCUUCGUGCAGAAAGUAUUUGUCUAGCAGCAUUAAGCAUCUGCUUGCUUGUUUCACACAGAUGCUUUAAAUAGAAUUUGACCUUUUGUUCAGAAAGUGUUUGAAUAUUUAAUGUAAAAAUAUUAAGUUAUCAGAAAGGCUGUCUCUUUUGGGAAGAGCAUUCAGUUUUUAUACAGCUGAAUUCUUAAAGUACUUUGGAGCAUGAAUAACUUUAGAGCAGAACAAAGCAGGCAGUGCUAAUGUGUAGAAACUCCAGAAGUAAAUAACAGCUGUUCAAGAAGACUUCUAUUAAAUAUGUAUUAAUUAAGUUGAAGUGCAUCACUUAAAUAUGUGAAGAGAUUAUCUUGUGUUAAUUUACAUUAAAACACACAGCACUUGUUAGCCUCAUUACAGUAUCGUGAGUAUAUGCUAAGCUAUCACCUCAUCCUACAUUGAGCAUUUUGUUGGGCGUUGAUUGCUUUCGAUUUGCCCUUUUAAAAUGUCAGGUAGUGGCCUCCCUUUCUUGUUGGAUCUCUUUAUCUCACGUUUUGCUCUUGCAUAGUUACUAUACUUAUUUGUGUCCAUUCUGUGCUGAACAUAAACUUAAGAGAAGAAUAGAUUGUGAAAGUACAACAUCCAUUGCUUACAGCACAAUUCCCUAAUGUGCCCACCUGUACUUCAUGUGUGGUUCUCACUGUUAGCUUACAAACAGGUAGUAGGAAUUUUAAUAUCUAUUUAUGUAGCAAAAUGAGUUCACACAAAGAUUCAGUACCACCUUUAGUGCAGAAAAGGUACCUGGAAAAAUGGGGUCUGUUUAGUGAAAUUACAAAUAAGUAGUCAUUAAACUUACUGAUAAUAAAAAUGAUAGUACUUUGUGCUUUAAGUCAGUAUGUAAAUCUUAAUAAACUGUCACUCCAUUCUUAAAACUUAAAUACUUUUAUCAUGCACUGGGCACAGGUAACUUAAAGAGGUGCAGUCCCAGAAAGUCUUGCUAACCUUGGCUCCCAGUUUGGGGUUUAUCUACUAACAUGGGCCUUUGCCAUCUUAGAUCUGACUUCUAUAAAAGAGUGCUGGUUAGCCCACAGCACUUUAGAUUUAUCUGACUGGAGACUUGGAAAUAUUUUCCACCUCUUGGGUCUAGAUAUAGGCCACCAGUCAUUUUCCAGCUCUUUACCAGAUCACUGCCCCUUUGGUGAUGGAAAAUUACCAUGGGCGAGGCAGGAGCAGUGAUGCGCUCCGUGAGGUCCCCCGUCCGCAGAGCACACCAGCCCUGCAGUUUGGCCACGGUUGAUGGAACCAAAUUUUAGUGCAGUAGCCCUUGCUUUCUUCAGCAUCGUUACUGACUUUUCCCUGGUCCUAACAGUAUAGAUAUUUUUUCAACAAAUUUCAGUGCUGGAAAUACUUAGGCUUACAAGAUUUACAGAUAAUUCUCAGAGGUAAUUUUCUUCUUUGUGCCACCUAGGCAGCCGAUCCAGCUUUUAAGCUGUUCUUUGUGGUACCAGCACAUCAUCCCAUUAUUUUGUCUCUCUAGACUUCCUGAUUACAAGCUGGAUUCCAGUUCUUGUUUUCAAUGCCUGUUCCCACAAACUCCUCACUGGGGGAAAACUGUAGAAUAUAGAGGACUAGCAGGCAGGUUCUGGCAGAGCAGGAAAGGGGAAGGAAACCAAAAUAUUUUGGCUGUAAGAAAACGUUGAAGUCCUUGAUAAAUUGCUACAUUACAUGACACUCUUGAGAGAAGUGAAUGGUGAUGUUUUUCCUUCUUGACUGUAGUUUCAGGUUGUUUCAUCAGUUCACUCCUGGGUUAUGUUUCCAAGAUCAUCUCUGCUGGUAUGAGUGCUUAGGGAGACAUUUUUGCUAAAUGAAAGCUGAAGUUCUGUAGGAUAAUUGUGGCAAUAAGGGGUGAUUUCCAUAGCACUUGGAAUGCACAGCUUCUUGGUUUAGGAGCAGAUUUAGGCACAAUGUAUCUAUCUUCAAAAAGAAACCAUUAAAAGGUUUUCAUUCCAAAACUUCUCUCACUUUCUGCAUCUUUGCCCCCGGUAUCCACGCAGCACUCAGUGUUUACUGUGCUGAAGCCAUUUCUGCCCUAUAAACUGGAAGCUCUUCAGAGAAAGAAUUGUUUUCAGCUUGUGUUUAAUGCUGUAAGCAUGGUGUCCUGGAACUGGCACAAUAAAGAACUCUUGGAGCCUAGAAAUGGAGCUUAGGAACAGAACUAUCUGUGUUUUCUUGUUCGUAAGCAUUUGCAGUGUGAUUGCAGAGUGAUCACAAGUCUGUGAAACCUGAAGGAUUUAUUUUUUAUUAUCAUCUUGUUUCAAAAGGGGUCGAGACUUGGGCUGAGAUAUUCCUUUUAUGGCUUAAUGGGCCAUGGUGCUUAGUUGAAUGUGACUCCCCUACACACACUCCACUCUGGGCUCCCUGCUGCAGAAAUACCAUCAGGAGUUAAAGUCCUUCAGAGGUUUUUUGAGCUGAGUUUUCCUCCAUAGAGUGUCAUCAGGGAAAUAUACCCAACUAGUUCCUUGCUUUUAUAGGAAUUUGUGCUUGUACUGGGGCUUGCAAUAAAUUGUUCGUGUUGAAGUGUAUGGAACUUUUCUCCUUUUUACAUAUAUAUAUAUACUUCUAACCAUUGUUUGACACUCAGUGACAAGGAUUGUUUGAGCCUUUGAACACUUGUUUUAGGGAUGGAAAGCCUGUUUCCCAUAUAAUAGCUGUUAAAGACCUGCAUUAAGUUUAAUAACUUCAGUCACAGUAUUCUCAUAUGAUGAAUGGUUAGAGAUCUUCUAUCGUUAAGUCCAUAUUUGCUCAAUAUUAACUUGAAGAUCUUACAUCGCUUAAUCCAUUCAUAUUCCUGGCUUCAUCUGUCACCAAGAAACUUUCAGACACUCAAGUCCAGACAGACCUAUUAAAUACUUACCUUGGGUUAUUCUUCAGUUGGCAAAGUUACUUCUUCCAUAUACACUAUCUCAGAUUGUUGCUUUUGGGGCAUUGACGUAUUCCAGCCUUUACAGAUUACUCCCUUUCUCUCCUACGCUUUGUUCACGUUCAGAGAACAGUUGUUUCUUCCAGUCAGACUGUGUAGAAUUUGCUGCAAAUACAGAAAAUGGAGGUGGCAGCUGAAGCAAAAGUGAGGGCAGAUAGUCUCCAGUGAAAUGUUCAGAGUAAUGGAUGAUUUUUUCCAAUCUUUAAGUGCACAGAUAAUCUUGGGGAGAAAAUGAGAACUCCUUCUGCAAUGCAGAUAUGCAAGCCUUUCGCCUGAGGCAAAAAGGCUGCAGUUCACAGCCUACUUUCAGUUUCUUUGCUUACCAUUUGAAGUUCUAGAAGUAGUAGGGGGUAAGGGGAGCCUAAUAUGUUCCUUGUGAAACACUUCAGGCUGGGAAAAGAUGUGUGAGGGGAAUUAUCUUGAUUAAAAAUUACUAAAUUUAUUAUCAGGUAUGGCUAUUUAUAGAUAUCAAAAAGUGAUUUUGCUGAUUUGGACUGGAAGUUGCUCUCUGUGUUUAACAUCCGUCUUUCCUGUCACUGUCAAAUUUUCAUUGUUUCAUAAAGUAAAUUCAGUGGGCAGUAAGUCUC